GAAAUAAGGUUACUAUAAAAUAACAAAGUCUGUUAUGUCUCGCGCUGUCUUUAAGCUGUCGUGUGUAGAUUACGCUCCAGUGAUCCCAUAGAGUGGUCUUGCCCGCCCAUUUAACGGAACCUGCUAAGUUGUUAAUCGUGUGAUAAAAACUUACUGGCAGAAAUUGUAACAAGCCUUUAACACCAUAUUUAAACGUUCAGCGUUUUAUCACCAAGGCGAAAGCAUGGUCGCGUUUGUGCUAGGCCUUGCUUUUCUGAUCACUCAAGCGUCGUUUUUCGAGUGCUCGGCUCUCAAGAAUUCAAGUACCAAAAACAAAGAAAGUGGAAUUUCUAGAGGGGAUAUACAAAAGAUUGAGUUACAGAUCGAAGGUCUUGAUAAACCUAUUGUUGUGACAGGGAAUGAAAAGCAAGCUCAACAAAAUGUGGCCCCGAAUUCUACUAAUGGCGGUAAAGAUAAUACACCUAUGGAUACCUUUGAGAGCUAUAACGAUGACCUUCAAGUUGUAAGCAGUAAAAAGAUCAACGACGAUGACAAUGAAAAGGUUAACGGUAAAGAUUGGUGUCCUAUUGAAGGCGAAGACGAAGACGAAGAGGAACGCAAGGCAAAUAAACACGAGGAGAAGGAGGAAAAGUGCGGCUGCGGUUGCUCUAGUUGUUGUAAGAAAGACGACAAGGACUGUUGCCUUCGCCUAAGGCCUUGUAUUAUCCCCUCAGCCAUUGCAGUACCGCUAGACUGCUGCUGUAAUAAAGAAAGCAACGAGGAAAAAGAUAAAGAAAAGGAGAAAAGUAAUGAUGGAGGCGUAACCUCAGAUGGCGGUAAACUGAACGAUGACUCCAGGAAGAAUAAAGACGACAAGGACGAAAAAGGCGGUGGAAAGGAGUACACUGUUACUGGUGUCCCAAUGGGCUGCGGCUGCGGCUGUGGUUGCGGUUGUGGUUGCGGCUCCUGUUGUGGAUGCGCUCGUCCCUGCUGUAAUCCUUGCGGUUGCGGUUGUGCUCGACCUUGCGGAUGCGGUUGCCCGGCUCCUUGCGGUUGCGGUUGUGCGGCUCCUUGUGGUUGCGGUGGCCUUUGCGACUGCGAGUUCAACCACGUGUUUGUUGAUGCUUGUGGUAUACCCUGCGGCCCUGGUUAUCUGACCCACGCCGUCCUACCCGACCCAUGCCUCCCCUGCAUCCCUCCUCCUCCAUGUGGGUGUUGUGGAGGCUGUUGUGGCUGCUGUGGAGGACAUGGGUGUGGCCCUGGUUUGAGAGGGUGUGGGUGUGGCUGCAGGGGUUGCGGUUGCGGAUGCGGGUGCAAUAAUUGUGGCGGCUGUGGAUGCUGCAAUAAGAUGGGUCCAAUAUUGGUUCUAGACUCAGCUCUGUGCAAGGGCGGUGAUGAUAAAGGCAAGGGCAAGAAAUCAAAGCGUGGAUUCAUUCCUUCGUCCGCAUUUCCCAGAAUGCCGUUCAACUACAUGUCUACUACUGGUCGCUUCCCGCCUUUUAUGGCAUCUCCUUAUAUGGCAUCUCUCAGACGUCCUCGUCGCGCGCCAUAUCGCCACAUAUAAAAGUGGACGGUCUGCUUUGGGCUCACAAUAUCGAAAAUGAAUCAAGAAGAGAAGGAAAACUAAGGUUCACUAAAGUGAUAGACAUUAUUAAUUAAUGCUAAUUAUAUUCUUUUUAAACCAAAAUAACCUCACAAAUUUUAAGCAGAGGUAAAAAUAGUCAUACUUGUAGUUUUUAUGGACAGCUUCUAUUGUAAAUUUUGCGCAAAUGAUUAAUAUCUACUAGUGUCUUUGUUAUGGUCAAUGUAUGAAAACGAGGGGACAUUUUAAACGCCCUUUAACAGGGUAAUGUAUUGGGAAAAGCGCUAAGUUAAAGAGGAAAUACUACAAGUACAAUUUAAGACUUCUUGGAAGUUGGCUCAGCAUUUUCUACUAGUAAAACCCUUGAGAAAUAUCGGUACGUACACUGCUGCUAGCUUGAUACUGAUAAGACUAGGAAUUUGAGUGAUUUUCUCAGUAAAACUAUUUUUACAUUGAUGACGUUUAUUCUUUUCCAGCGUAACACUCAACUGUUUAACAAUGACAAACCUGUUCCAAUAUAUAAUUUCAAGUGUUCUAUGACAGUAUGAUUAAGGAUAUUUUCAAAAAGCUAGGUAUUGAUAAAUAUCGAAUCUAGUAUAAUCAGAGUGUUAAGUAGAAUGUCGAUGACAUCUUUAGUUUUCUUGCUGUCGAUGUUAGUUUUGACGGGCAACGCAAGGGAGCACACAAACAGACUAUCAAACGUUACAUGGCCAACCAUCAUGAAAAAUGCACCCCUGGACUUACUUUUGUCAAAACGGCACUUAAAGCCCGUUAAAACAAUGCCUUACCUCCACACGAGUAAAGUAACCAGUAAACGAAGAAACAGAUGGAUUGAGGAAGACCUAAAAGCAGAUAAUCCAUUGGUGAAGCUUGUAUUUAAAAGAUGUCAACAUAUCAUCUGCGCAAAAAACACAAGUCCUCUUGUGAAACUCAAAGCUUCAAAAUGUGUAACUGAGCUUUGCUGCAAACGUAAGUUCAACAAGUCAAAAGUUCGUAAGCUUCUCGGUCUACUUAAAGGUGCCCUUCAAACAAUCGCACUUCCUAAACCUGCAAAGAUGAAUGACAAGGCUCCAUCUAAGGGGAAAGACGGUCCCUGCUCAAUGGGAAUGUGUUCUUUCCCAUGCUUCCCUGGGUGCUGCUGUGGAGGUCCUCCAUGCCAGAUGGUUCGUAUGAAGUACUUCCCUCCAAAGUUUAAAUUCAAAGCGAUGAAGGGUAAUAUGAUGUGUGGAUGCGGGUUUGGAAGCCCGUGUGGCGGUUGUCUGAUGACGAACUAAGAUGAAACAAAUAUUUCGACAUGUAUAAAAGCAGCCCCAGGCGAAGAUUCUAAAAAGCACUACAACGUAGGCAGAAAAGAAGAAGAAGGAAAGGAAGAAGUAGAAGAAAAUUUAAAAUAGCUUUAAAUAGAUAGAAGAGCUCGCAGUUUAAACUUGUAUUACAGUUAAGGUGUUCCUUACAUAGACAAGGAGAGUAUCUCCUAAUAGUUCAAUGAGUUUUAAAUUUCUUUCCAUAUUCAUGUUAUGAAUGUAAUAUAUAAUAACUCGGAUAAAAUAAAGAGAAAGAUAUAAAGAG